AUGUCUUACAGUCAUACUGGGGCUCCUACCGAGUUCAAUGGCACCAAUGCCGAUUUUGGUGGCGAUUCCACCAGGACAAACCUGAACCAAUGGUACCAAUCCGGUGACCAGUCCUACAUCCUCGUCUCGGCCGCCAUGGUCUUGCUUAUGAUUCCCGGCAUCGCCUUCCUCUACUCCGGUCUCGCCCGUAGAAAGUCGGCCCUAUCUCAGUUGUGGGUUGUCAUGAUGAGUUUCUCCGUCAUUGUCUUCCAAUGGUACUUUUGGGGCUACUCCCUGGCCUUUAGUGAAACUGCCACCAACGGUUUCAUCGGCGACCUUCGACACUUCGGCCUCCAGAAAGUUCUCGCCACCCCGUCCCAGGGCUCGCCUCUCGUUCCCGCUCUGCUUUACUCCUUCUACCAGAUGAUGUUCUGCGCUGUCACCGCCGCCCUUACCGCCGGUGCCACUGCUGAGCGUGGCCGUGUUGUUCCUUGCAUGGUCUUCAUCUUCUUCUGGGCCACCCUCGUCUACUCCCCUCUCGCCUGCUGGGCCUGGAACGCCAACGGCUGGGCUUUCAAGUACGGCGUCCUCGACUACGCCGGCGGCGGUCCCGUCGAGAUCGGCUCCGGCAUGUCGGCUCUCGCCUACUCUUGGGUUCUCGGGCGCCGCAACGAGAAGAUGAUGCUCAACUUCCGUCCCCACAACAUCUCUCUCAUUACUCUCGGCACCAUUCUUCUCUGGUUCGGCUGGUUGGGCUUCAACGGUGGCUCUGCCUUCGGUGCCAACCUUCGCGCUGCCAUGGCUUGCUGGAAUUCUUGCCUGACAGCCAUGUUCGCCGCAAUGACCUGGUGCUUGCUCGAUUUCCGCCUGGCCAAGAAGUGGUCUCUCGUUGGCUGGUGCUCCGGAACCAUUUCCGGCUUGGUCGCCGCCACCCCUGCCUCUGGUGUCAUCACUCCUUGGGCCUCCAUCAUCCUUGGUGUUGUUGCCGGCGUUGCUUGCAACUUUGGCACAAAGAUCAAGUUCCUUCUCAAGAUCGACGACUCCCUCGACGUCUUCGCCGAGCACGGUAUCGGCGGAAUCGUCGGCCUCAUCUUCAACGCCUUCUUCGCCUCCGGCUCCAUCAUCGGCCUCGACGGUGUCAACGUCGGCGUGACUGGCGGCUGGGUUGACGGCAACUACAAGCUCAUGUACAUCCAAAUUGCCUACCUUGUCGCCUGCAGCGCCUACGCGUUUGUCAUGUCUGCGCUCAUUGCCAAGAUCAUCGACAUGAUUCCCGGCCUGAAGCUUCGCGCGUCUGAAGAGGCUGAGCUGCUGGGUAUGGACGACGACCAGCACGGAGAGUUCUCGUACGACUACGUCGAAGUGCGCCGCGACUUCCUCGCCUGGACUCCCCACCAGGCCGAGCCCGCCGGCGAGGGCAAGUUCAUCCCUCAACACGGCAUCGAGGAGCACCAGCACAUGGCCAACAACGGUGGAAGCAGUGGUUCAGACGAGCCUAAGCCUGCGACGCUCGAAGGCGAGCCCAAGAGUGAGAAGACGCCUUCGCUUUGA